CUGUAGGUCUGGCAUCACGUGGACCCGAGGGCUGCUCUCAUCAAGCCUCUAACGGUCUCAAGAAUCAGAGAGAAGAUUCAAGUGUUCGCUCGUCUUGGUCGGGACUCAUAAGUGUGGCGAUAAUCAUCUUGUAAAAAUUAAUGAGAUUUUAAUUUGUCUAAUGGAUGGCAGUGAUAGACUAACAGGGAUACACAACGACAGUCAGGUGGGACAAAUAGGGAAACAUGGACAAAUGGAAGAACAUGGACAAAUGGAAGAACAUGGACAAAUGGAAGAACAUGGACAAAUGGAAGAACAUGGACAAAUGGAAGAACAUGGACAAAUGGAAGAACAUGGACAAGAAGAUGGUCAAGUAUUGGAACAUGGACAUAUUGUCGAUACAACUGACCAGAAGACGGACACAGGACUGGAGAUUCUAGAGGAUGGGAGUCCAAGAGAUUCCAGACAGGAAAAGGGGGACAACCCCACAGACAAGGGGGACAAGCCGGCAGACAAGGGGGACAACCCGGCAGAACAAGAUGCCGUCGACUUGUCGUGUGGUAUUGGCAACCUCCGCACCAAGGUGUUGGGGAGAUGCUACUCCAACCUGUACACGUUCGCCAUCUUCAUCGGGAUCUCGGCGCUCUUCUCAGAGAUGGUUCGGAGCAUCAUCCACGUACAGCUGACCUCCAUAGAGAAACAGUUCAACAUCGACAACUCCAAGGCCGGCCUGUUUGAUGUGGCUCAACGCUCGGGGCAUCUCUCCACCAUUGUUCUAGCUGGUCAUUUCGCUAAAAAAGUCCACAUCCCACUGGUCAUCGGACUGUCCGGAGUGUUCCAGGGUUUUCUCCUUACGGUGCCAGCCUUCCUGCAGUUCACUGACCCGUAUCAACUUCCGGUUCUACCCCCAGCGGCUCAACUCAACUCCAGCAACUCGAGCAGGUGGGGAGACCAGGCCAAGUACAUGUGUGACCCCACCUCAGCCACACACAACCAUACCACAACUAACACAGAUGAUUCAGAGACGACCAACCAAGGUGCCUUUAUCGCCAUCAUGGUGGUGCAGGCGGUCAAGGGCAUCACGGACACCUUCCACUCCAGCUUUCUGCCCACCCUCUACAUGGAUGACAACAUGGUGGACAAGGCCAAGAUGGGCAUAUUCUUAGGUAUCCAAUACAUCAUCACUGACCUGGCCAGCCCUAUCGGCAAACAGAUUAACGGCAUCAUGACGGAGAUCCCCAUUGACCUCAAAGAGACUGACCUUGACCCUAAAGACGGCAGGUUCGUGGCCGCCUGGUGGCUGGCGUUUCUCGUCUUUGGACUUGGUCUCGCGCUGGUCUCGUUCCCGCUCAUGUUGUUCCCACGCCAUCUGGUCAGCAGGCGACAGCAGAAGGCGGCACUGGACAACGCCGUGGUCACCUUCGCUGGGGGUCAGGUCACUGACGAGGUCAUUGAACCCGACACGGCAGAGAGAGCGGUCACCUUGGACCAAACGGAGCAGACGUUUUCUGGAAGUUUCCACCGGAAGUUUAGCAGCGCCACGGCGGGGUCAAGGAAAGGAAGUCUGGCAUCUUUCGGCACGGCCAGUAGCCGCAGACCCAGCAUGUUCCCGCCGGUUGUCAAGCCAACAGAAAGAAAGGUCAGUCUAGCAGGCGACCUGGUCUUUCAGCAGACGAUCACAGAAAAACCAAAAGGAAAGAAAGAAAAAGUUAUCGACAUGUUUAAAGAUUUCCCUAAGGCCGUGUUCCGCCUACUCAGGAACCCCGCCUACGUCCUGCUGGUCAUCGACACGACCAUCUUCUCCAUCUCCUAUGCCGGCACCUCCAUCUUCAGGAGCGUCUACAUGACCCAUGAGUACAACGUGCCCAUGUCAGAGGUCACGCUUGCUUCAGGCAUCUCCACGGCCCUGGGUCACGUGACGGGGACGUUGAUCAGCACGUACCUGACGAGCCGUGUGAGCACCAGGACAGGUUACCUGUACAUCAUGAUGAGCAGCUACAUCUUCACCGUCGUCAUCACCCCGCUCUACCUGGUCUUUGGAUGCUCCAACCAGCCGGUUUACGGCGCCACGGGGGAGUUCGGACGACCGGUCAACACGACUGACGUCUGCGACUGCACGGCCGCCAAGGUGCUCAUCUCCUGUGGUGACGACGGCAACAACUACCUGUCGCCCUGCCACGCCGGAUGUACUGGGGUCGACGGGAAGAUCUUCACGGACUGCAGCCUGCUGGUCAACAUGACUCAGGGGAGGGUCCAGCCCGGCCUGUGCCCCACCGACUGCCACACCAACUUCAUCAUCUACACCUUCCUCAGCGGCCUGCAGACCAUCGCCUACUCCAUGACCAUGAUCCCGCGGAAACUCAUCGUUCUGAGAAUUGUGGACCCACGUGACCGAGGAUUUGCCACCAGCCUCUUCAUGUUCUUCUUCAGCGUCAUGGCCAUCCCCGCCCCCAACCUGUUUGGACGGGUCAUUGACGGCACGUGCCUCGUGUGGGACGGCAGGUUUUGUUCACUCUACGACCGUGAUCAGAUCAGGUACUUCCUGUCUGGCCUCGAUGUGGCCGUGCACGUGAUGGUCCAGCUAACCUUCUUCAUCAUGCUCGCCAUCUUCAAGUGGGAGGAGCGGAAGUUGAGGAAACAAAACACAGAGGGCGCUGACAGCGGCGGGGUCAACAACGGUAACAACGGUGGGGUCAAUGACCUUGAGAUUAUCGUUCAGGAAAAAACCAAGUUGUGACGUCGGCUGAAACACAGAUUGGAAUUUUAAAUUUUUUUUUCCACAUUUUUUUCACAUGUAAAAUUGGGGCUAAUAAACU